AUGUCGGACGCAUGGAGAGCCGAGAACAAGGGGCCGGAGUCUCUUGUGGCCAUCAUUACUGUCACUGUUCUCAGCACGGUUUUCACUGGCGCAAGGCUGUUUGUCCGGGGCAAGAUUCUGGGCAAGGUUCAUCUGGAUGACUACUUAAUCAUCGCGUCAGUUCCCCUUGGCGAACUCAUCUUCGGCAAGCGACUGUUUAGUUCGGGUGGUGGCCGACGUACAUACGAGAACUAUGGCUUGGGGCCCAGUGGCCAAAUGCGAUCUGAGAAUAUCGAGCUAUCUCGCGGCCACAAGCGAAUGCCCAGACAGCAAGAUACAGUCAGCUUCGACGACCUGGAUACAACAACCACCACAGCGGUGGCGAAGGGAAGUCAAGAAAGCAUUCUUGGGCAACACGAUUUUAGCGGCAAGAUCAUGCGAACCGAUGCAUUUACCGUCAGCAUAGAACAGACAAAAAAGAAGUCGUGA